AUGCGGCUUCAUCCAACAGCACCUUUGCUGCUGACUCAUCGUGCUUUGAUCGAUGUACAAGUUUGUGGAUACACCAUUCCAAAGCACACGCCGGUGCUCGUGAAUGCAUGGGCAACAGCUCGAGACCCCAUGUAUUGGGACAAGCCAAGAGAGUUUAGACCAGAGAGGUUCAUCGCUGGCGACUCUGCAGAAGUGGAUUUCAGAGGCACAAACUUGUCGUUCAUCCCGUUUGGUUCUGGGCGGCGGAUUUGCCCAGGUUUGGCUCUUGGGGUACGAAUGCUUAGCUUGUUGCUCGCUUCUCUGAUUCAUCUCUUCGAUUGGAAGCUCCCUGAUGGAAUGGCUUCUGAGGAGAUUGACAUGGGAGCCAAAUUUGGAAUCGCAAGGAAGAACCCGCUGGUUGUCAUUCCCCACUUGGUUGUGGCCAAAGCUAAUGGGUAA